AAGGGGAUGGGAGGGAGAGGAAGGGGAGGAAGAGGAAGGGAAGGCUGCAGUAGGGAAGGGAAGGCUAGCCCAAGAACGGGAAGGGAAGGAAAGGGAAGGCAGAGCAAGGGAAGGAAAUCCCAAGGAAGGAAAAGGGAGAGUAAUGUGGUGUGGCUGGGUGUGGUGUGGUGUGGCUGGGUAUGGUGUAUGGUGUGUGGUGUGACUGGGUGUGGUUUGUGGUGUGGCUGGGUAUGGUGUGGUGUGUGGUGCGGCUGGGUAUGGUGUGGUGUGGCUGGGUGUGGUAUGGUGUGGUGUGGUGUGUGGUGCGGCUGGGUGUGGUGUGGUGUGGUGGGGCUGGGUAUGGUGUGGUGUGGUGUGUGGUGCGGCUGGGUAUGGUGUGGUGUGGUGUGUGGUGUGGCUGGGUAUGGUGUGGUGUGGUGUGGUGUGGUGUGUGGUGCGGCUGGGUUUGGUGUGGUGUGGUGUGUGGUGCGGCUGGGUUUGGUGUGUGGUGCAGUUGGGUUUGGUGUGGUGUGUGGUGUGGCUGGGUAUGGUGUGGUGUGGUGUGUCGUGCGGCUGGGUGUGGUGUGUGGUGCAGCUGGGUUUGGUGUGGUGUGUGGUGUGGCUGGGUAUGGUGUGGUGUGGUGUGUGGUGCGGCUGGGUAUGGUGUGGUGUGGUGUGUGGUGCGGCUGGGUAUGGUGUGGUGUGGCUGGGUAUGGUGUGGUGUGGUGUGUGGUGUGGUGUGGUGUGGCAGGAUUUGACUCGGCGACUUUUUUUACCUCGCUGUUGGUGGUGUUUGCAGAAGGACAAGCAGGACCCGGACGGUGACAUCAUUAUGAGGCUUGAGUACGGUCUCCUGAACUCCUCGUCCCUGGAGCUGAUUGAGCGUGUGAAGCAGUUUGCCAACCUGGUCCUGGCCCUCAUGAUGCUGUUCGCCAGGUACAAUCACUGGAUGGUGGGCGACAAGUUUGAGAGACUCGCCCCCUCACUGCCAAGAAGUCACCCGCCGCAGCCGCCGAAGGGAAGGACGGAGGAACAGCCGCCAACUCCAUCGCUGGCGGCUCCACAUCUACUCUCGUCUCCUCCUCCUCCGCCUCCUCUCUCAACAUGGACGGUCGAAAAAGGAUGUUUAGUGUGGAGGUGUUUGAUUGGGGUUGUGUCGAUGCGAAGGCCUGACUCUCCAACGGGUCACCUGUACAGCAAGAGCAAGAGAGCACACGCCGCAUCCCUUCUGGCCCUGCCCAACCAGCCCCCUAAAACACCCCAGAAGAAGAAGACGACGAAGGCUCCACACCCACGGGCCAGCGCUGGGGACCUGCUGGCACGCGACACCUCAGCCCCAACACUGCCAGGACAACACCUCCACCACCGCCGCCAGGAAGUCUUAACCUUCUCAUGCAGCAGAAGUAGAGCUGUCACGGGCACGUCCACCCUCGACCACGACCACGGACCCUAGGCCUCCGGUGUGUGGAGGAAAAGACAACAAGGAAAGAACGAGGACAACAACAACACACUCAGCCGCCGCAAAGGUUGGGGCCGCCUCAUCUGCAGGGCUGGACAGCAGCAUGAGUGGCCAGGACAAGCAGGAGCAGACUGCUGCAGGGGGCAGGAGGGAUGACAUUAGCGUGGAAUGACCCAUGAGGCUUGAGUACAGUCUCCUGAACUCCUCGUCCCUGGAGCUGAUUGGUUUUGUUCCCAGCUGUCCCAUGAAGGUCUCAGGCAGCAGCCAUCCCUCAUGAUGAUGCAGCUCCCCUCAGCCUUCACAGAGCGACUCACUGGGCGACUCUGCAGGCCUUGGUCCAAAUCCCGGCCCAGGCAGUCAGCAUGCAACCCACCCAGCUGUUCAUCCUUUCUUUCAGGAUGGUCGGUAAACGGGUACCUGGGGAGACUUGGGACAGGCUCAAAAGCUAAUGAGAGGUGAGCAAUGAUGCCGAGUGGUCAGCGUGUGGGCAUGGUAAGCCCGUGGUUCGAGUCCCACAAAAACACGCUGAUUUUUCAAGCCAUCGCCGAGUGGCAGAAGAUUACCCACAUGCUGCCCAGAUCCGCAGUCAACCCUAACUUCAGCGAGUUCGUUCAAGUGGAGCACUGGGGGGCAGCAUGGGCCAAGCAGUCAUACAUCAUGGCAGCCACUAUAAAUAGAAUUCGCCUGUGCCACUAUUGCGAUGAGACUGUCCAAGAUGCUCCUCAAAAGAGCCCUCCAGAACUACAGGCAGCACCUAAAAAAAAAAACAAUAAAUAAAUAAAUAAAAAAUAAAUAAAAAUUCUCAUCCCUUACAAUA